UCGUGCAACCAAGCAACAAACGUCAGUCGCGCUAUGCCACGCAUCAGGAGAUCACCGCCUGCAUAACUUGACGUUACGUUUCGGAACGCUCCUUUCGAAAUUCGAACGCAUUUGAAUGAAAAAGGCGCGAAAGUAGGAUGUGUCAUAGUUUUAUUUUUCUUGACGGCCAGUAAUGCUUUGUUUUUAAUUUGUGUUUCGGUUGACAAUCGUUUGUUUGAAUGCCAGAAAAUGAUAUUGACCAAGGGAUUUGAUGUUUUUGUUGCCAUUUUCGUAUUUUUUUCAUCGAAAGUGUGCACUGCUUGUUUUAUCGGAAGCGAAUAUGAAAAAAACGCAGGCACGACGGGCUCCACUUAUGUUAAAAACUGCGAAUGCAAUGAAGUCGGGUACUCAGUGAAGCAUCUGACAUGGUUGGACCCGGACGGCAACGCUAUCAAUGGACCAGAUUCGAGCAAUCCAAACAUAUACACGGAGAUUCAAGAUCACAACGGCACGGGUAUCCUGAGCCUCGUGGUGAGGAGCAUCAGCAAGUCCAUGGCAGGAAACUACACCUGCCAGACGAACUUCGAAGGAAACACGUAUAGCCAGACCUAUAAUAUCGAAGCAUAUGAUAGCCCGUACUUCGUGAACACGACUGAGAACCAGAAUAUAAUCAUCGGGGAAGACUCGAUAGUUAGAUGCGAAGUGCGAGGAAUCGCAGACUACGAGAUAGUUUGGUACCUAAUCACAGAUCACGCGGAUGUGCUUUUGGUCAACAACAAGAAGUACAAGAUACUGCCUAAACAAGGUCUACUCAUCAGAAAUGUGACUAAAGAGGACGCCGGUUACUACAACUGCACAGUGAAUAACAUUGUCAUAGGGGAUUCUAUACCAAUACGUAUAAAUGUACAGGCAGCGGCCAGACCAGUGAUAUUCGAGCCAAAAUUUAACAUUCAUCCGGAGGCUAUAGUUGUCGGCAACACAGUGGUUGUGGAGUGCCUCGCGGAAGCCAUACCCUACCCCGAAUAUACCUGGACCAAGAUUCGUGAUGAGUUCGGAAAUCCUAUAGAAGAUGCAAACUCAACGUGGACACCAAUGGUUAAUACAAUAAAAUUUGAUAGCAUAAAAAAAGAAGACGCAGGGACAUAUGUAUGCACCGCAGCCAACACUGUGGAUAGUGCAGCUAUAAAAGUGUAUAUUGGUGUCCAAGUGCCUCCAGUAAUAACGUUCCUGGAAAACGUCACCGUCAUGGAAGGCAACGCAGCACAGAUCGCCUGCAAGGCCACCGGAGUGCCUGCCCCUGAACUACUUAUAGAGACUAGUCUGGACGGACUGGAGACAGAUGAAAGAGUGUCAACAGCCAUCAUGCACCCGACACCGGACACGUCGGAGCUAUAUUUGACAAUUAUGAACGUCUCCAGACCAUGUGAGGGCAUUUUCAGAUGCAGUGCCGCGAAUACAGUCAACAACGUUACGCAGGAAAUGUACUUGACCGUCCUGUUCCCGCCGUAUUUCCCCGUACAAAACGAGACCGUUUGGGGCUGGCACAACCACACGGUCAACAUGAGCUGCGUCCACGCAAGCAACCCGCCGUCCACAAUAGUAUGGAAGUUCCUUGGAAGUGAAAGUCGCGAAACAACUACAGCAGAACACGAUCAAGUGAAUAAACGACUACAAGAACUGAGUGAUGGCAGUACAGAACAAUACUUAGCCUUGCAAAUUGACGCUAAUCAGUACGGGGAGUACGAGUGCACAGCUGUCAAUCCGUAUGGAAAUACUACGAAGAAAAUAAACUUGAGAGAAGCAUUUAAACCGACGGCUAUCGAAAAUAAAACAAUCAUAACCCUGACAGCAACAUCCGUAACGUUCCAAAUCCAAGGCCCGGACACCGCAGACAACGCCCCCGUACGCGGCUACGUCGCAGAGUACGACCUUGUGGAGAACUACGCCACCACCAGCCACCACAACAUAAGCUAUUGCGGCGUGGAGAGGAACUUUACGAUAGACCGGCUGAAGCCUAAUAGGACGUACUCGAUUAAGUUCGCAGCCCAAAAUGCGGUUGGUGAUGGCGAGUGGUCGGAGCCAUUCGAAUUCGUGACACCUGAAUCGUCCGUUCCUGAAUCGCCCACAGAAGUGUGGGCCAAUCAAGGCAAGCUCAGGUGGAAGGCGCCCGAGCCUAACGGUGAGCCUAUCGACCAUUACAGCGUCGAGUUCUGCCCGUUUGUCGGUGAAGUUGUCAACUACACGCUCUGCCAAAAAGACAAUGUGUCAGAUACCGCUUUCCCGCUGGAGAAGUUGCAGAGAAAUGCUAAAUACAAGUUCGGAAUAAGUGCACACAACUCUCAAGGCUAUUCGGAUUACACGUAUAAGGAGAUAAAGACACCAGCAAAAAUAUUCGGCGAAGGCCUACUGUCAGUGGGCGCCGUCAUCGGUAUAUCGGUGGUGGCCGUGUUCCUCUGCCUUCUAGUGUUGGACCUGCUACUACUGUGCUGGAGGAAGCAGGGCAUCAUAGCGAGCUGCUACUUUAGGAAGAACAAGAAGAAAACUGACAACCUUAAUUCCCGGGACAAAAAGGGACUACUGGUAACAGAGGGUGAACGUGCCGAUGACCGGCCCAACAACGGCGGCCACAGAGAACUGGUGUACAACAAGACCACGGGCGUCAUCACGGGGAAGCAUUCCUCCGUGUAGCUUUAAUAGACCACGGAAAUCGUGCACGAAAAAUUUCGUACGU